AUGGGAAUACUUUCCUUAGUAAAAAUAUAUUACAUUGUUGUGGCUAGAGGCACUGGCGUGGCCACGGGGGGUACACUUCGUGACCCUGCGACGGAAAAUGUAGUAAACAUCGACCAAGUACUCGCGCUUGGACCCAUACAACCCGUUAUCGAUUUCCCUGCUACAAAGUUUGGAGGUAGGGACUAUAGAUUUCAGAAGAAAUGGUACAGUACAUAUGACUGGUUGGAGUAUUCUGUGGAAAACGAUGCAAUGUACUGCUUCUACUGCAGGAUUUUUGGGACUCUUGUGCGACACAUCGCAUUGCAAAACGAAGCUUUUCGUGGACACGACGAGAAGUCAACGUCUUUAAACCAGGGGAAGUUUCUUGAAGAGAUAAAGUUUCUCGCAAAAUAUCAUGCACCACUUCAAAAGUGGCUCGAUAGCCAUCCUGAAAACGUCUCUUGGCUCAGCAAUGACAUUCAGAACGAGAUGAUAAGUAUCAUUUCUGAUAAUGUGGUCGAGACCAUUAGGGAACAGGUAAAGAAGAGCAGAUUCUAUUCUGUGGAAUGUGACGAAGUCACAAGUCACAAGGAUUCCUACAUGUCGAUUGUGCUCAGAUAUGUUCAUGAGCACACUAUCUACGAACGUGUUGUUGGACUUAAACACGUCCAAAGUUUGAAAGGAAAGUCGCUGUCAGACGUCCUAGUUGAAGAGCUUGGCAAGCAUCAAAUUCCGUUGAAGGACAUGAUUGGAAAAGGCUUUGAUGGUGCUAGCAACAUGUCUGGAAAAGACAAUGGAAUGCAGCAGAAGCUUACAGAGGCUGGUGCAACCAUGUCACUCUACUUCCUUUGCUUCGCACAUCGUCUCAAUUUGGUUCUAGGAAAGUGUGCUGAGACACUUCCAAUGGUCAAAGAUGUCUUUGAAACAAUUGGGUCGAUUUUCACGGUGAUGGAAGGUUCUCCACAACGCAUGGCUGUUUAUGAGGAAAACCUCAAAAAGUUUUCAGUCAAAGAAGGUAGAACUGCUCUUCGUGCGUUUUCGGACACCCGUUGGACCGCAAGGGCAGACAAUCUUGCCGCCACAGUCAACACCCUACCAGCCCUGAUUGCCACACUCGAAGAGCUGAAAUCCAGCGACGCAGCUUGUGAAGGUCUGUUGAUCAGAAUUGGUACCUUUGAGUUCCUACUGAAUGUGCUGAUUCUGAAAAGAAUGUUUUGA